AUGCUGGGACUGCGCGUUUUACUUGGCACAGCAUUUGCUGGCGCUGUCGUUUCGGCAGGAUACUUGCCCGAAGUUUCGAGCCACACUGCUUUCCGGUACAAUGCGCGUCGACAGGCAACGAACAGCACGUCUCCAUCUUUCAACGGUCCGUACAGUACCAGAGGCCGAGAUAUUGUUGAUAGCAAUGGCGAAAAGACGACUUGGGCUGGUGUUAACUGGCCAAUGAGUGGCGAGACUAUGGUUCCUGAAGGACUUGAGUGGGCGUCAGCGGAAGAGAUUCUUGAUGACAUCGCGGGUGUUGGCUUCAACUACAUCCGCAUGGGCUACGCCAUUGAGAUGAUUGACCAAGUCUACGAUCGAAACGGCGUUGACGUGCCACUCGAGGUUGGCCUCAUCAACGCCCUGGGCUAUGUGAACGGCACCAAAGUAACCAACGAGAUCAUCGAGAAGAACCCUGGUUGGACAGCUCAGACCACUCGAUUCGAGAUCUGGAGCGACAUCGCACGCAUCGCUGCUACCAAAGGCAUUUUCAUCAGCCCAGAUGUGCACACAGGCAAAGCGCAGUGGUGCUGCUCACACAUCGACGGUACCGCAUGGUUCGACGACCUUGAGUUCAACGCAACGCACUGGCGCCGCGGUCUUUCCUAUGUUGCCAAUUGGGCAAAGGAUCACCCAAACGUAGUUAGUAUGUCUCUUCGCAACGAGCUGCGCGAAUCUUGGAACGUCACGGAUCUCUAUUACAACUGGGACACUCUCGUCGGCAAUAUGACCGCUGGCGCUGACGCAAUCCACGAGGCCAACCCUGAUCUUCUCAUCCUCUGGGGAGGUAUGCAGUACGGGCAAGAUCUGUCAGCACUCACUAGCGGCAAGAACAUUCUCACCGCUCCAUGCUACAAGUGCACGGCGAUUCGCGACGCCGCGAGGAGGGAGCCAGUGUACUUCAACCUCGACGAUCACCCCUGGGCUGAUAAGCUUGUCUGGGAACUCCAUCUCUACAGCAUGAGUGAGGACAUCGACACGGGCACCUGCGACAUCGUCAAGGCAAACUUCUACCGCAACGGCUUCAAUGCUUUGGGCAUUGAUGCACCAGCCGCCUGCAACAUUACGGGUGACUGCCCGAAGGCUGUGCGCGAGACACCAGUCAUCCUAAGCGAGUUCGGUAGUGCGCAAGACGAGACACUCUUCAACAACACACUACAAAACUGCUUGAAGGAGUACACCAUCGAUAACGACAUCAGCUGGAUGAUGUGGUCUAUCGCUGGUUCGUACAGAAUCAGAUCGGGUGUUCAGGGUUUCCCAGAUACGUGGGGUAUGACAAACUACAACUGGACUGGUUGGAAUUACGAGCGCGGUAUUGAGGAUUUCUGGAAACCAUGGGUUCAAGCAAUGAACACAACCAAGAUUCGUUAG